AUGAGGGCCAUUUUCAUAGAUAGUUUUGAUGACCAUGACCCAGCAGUGAUUCAUGAGAAUGCCUCCCAGCCAGAGGUUCUGGUUCCGAUCCGACUAGAUAUGGAAAUUGAUGGUCAGAAGCUUCGUGACGCAUUUACAUGGAACAUGAAUGAAAAGCUAAUGACGCCAGAAAUGUUUGCUGAGAUUCUGUGCGAUGACCUGGAUUUGAACCCUCUGGCCUUUGUUCCUGCCAUUGCAUCAGCUAUUCGUCAGCAGAUUGAGUCCUACCCUACAGAUAGUAUCCUUGAGGAUCAGUCUGACCAACGAGUCAUUAUCAAGCUGAAUAUCCAUGUUGGGAACAUCUCUUUGGUGGACCAGUUUGAAUGGGAUAUGUCCGAGAAGGAGAACUCGCCGGAGAAGUUUGCACUGAAGCUCUGCUCAGAGCUUGGUCUAGGUGGGGAGUUUGUCACUACCAUCGCAUAUAGCAUCAGAGGGCAGCUAAGUUGGCACCAGAAGACCUAUGCCUUCAGUGAAAAUCCUCUCCCAACAGUGGAGAUUGCAAUUAGGAAUACUGGAGAUGCAGACCAGUGGUGUCCCCUUCUUGAGACCCUAACAGAUGCAGAAAUGGAGAAAAAGAUUCGAGAUCAGGACAGAAAUACCAGGCGCAUGAGACGUCUUGCCAACACUGCUCCUGCCUGGUGAUACUGACAAUGCUUUGGCGUUCCCUGAUGUGAAUAGCCAUGGCAUGGAGACCAUAUCCUUGGGGUUCUUGGUUUGGACUGGGCCAGAACAGAGAGCGAGAGAGAUGCACAUUCCACUUACCAGCCAGUCAGGGGCUGCCAAGUUCCAGACGCCCCAUGCCCAGCUAUACAGAGACUGACCCAGUAGUUGAAUGUCCUCCCAUUAAAGACUUUUAACCCCCACCUGAGCUAAUGCCUUUGCAUGUGUACAUGUAAAGGUUUUUUUUAUAUAUAUUUAUAUGUGUAUAUAUAUAUAUCUAUAUAUAUAUAUAUGUGCUAUGGAAACUGUUCUGAAUCUUUUGGAAUAAAAUAAAUAUAUUGUA